CGCUUGCAUGCAUUGCACCGGUUUACUUUGAAAUUCUGGCGGCCUUGUCUUCAAAGGACUGGCUGAAGCAUGUUCAAAGCUUUAGAUGAGCGCAUUGAGGAAGAAAUCAUCUCCGGAGCGGUCUCCGAUGUUUUCUUUGGAGUUGGUCCGAAGGAGGAGGCCCACUUCUUCAGUUCGAGGGCGAACUUGGCGAUGGCCAGCCCUGUGUUCCAUGCCAUGUUCUUUGGCCCGCAGUGGCACCGAGAGGCGGGACGCCAAUCCCCGAGGAAGCAGCGCUGGGACCAUGAUUGCAACCAGACGUCCUCCGCGCCGAGCUCUCCACGUAGUCGUGCAGCAGCCCCCGCGGAUCCUUGGGGCCACUGCAGUCCGCGCACCUACGUCACGGAACGGCUCCAGUUCCGGCGAGGGCAACAUCACUAUGUUGCAGUUUCUGACAUUGAGCCGAGUGCGUUCAAGUGCAUGCUGCGCUAUGUGCACCAUUUGGAUCCAUUGCUCUCCCUGGACAAUGCCAUGCAGGUGUACAGGGCCGCGGACAAGUACCAGAUCUUUGGCCUGCUUGACGCCUGCGGAGUUUUUCUCGACAAGCACGUCGACCCCAGCAACGUCACGCAGGUCCUGAGACUCUUUGACGUCGCCUGUCGAUUGGGGCAAGAGAGGUGGUCCCAAAGCUUCUUGAGGAUCCUUGAGCAGCUUUCCAGGGUGCAAACGCGACAGGUGCUUCAAGCACAGGAGUUCUUAGAAUUGCACUCCGUAUCGUUGGCAACCCUCUUGGGCUCGGAUGGGCUCUGUGUGAACGAGGAGCGCUUGUGGGGUGCUAUUCGUUCGUGGGCAGAGGUUCGAGUGAUGUACAAAGAGCAGUCAGAACCAGAGGCCACUGGUGCAGGUGUGGAUCAAAGGCCAACGGCUGUGGCUGCCAGUGAAUUGGUUCCAAGCUGGCAGGACGCAGUCAGGCCCUUCAGGCAUUUGAUUCGAUUCCCUGCAAUGUCUGCGUCAUUCUUUGCGAAGGAAGUGUCCAAGAGUGGAGUGUUGUCACACCAGGAAGUGGUUGACAUUUUUGGCUUUCUCGCUCACAAGGCCAGCAAAGACCCUUUAACUGAUGAUGCCGAAGGUGAAGCAGAUGUACAGGUUGGUGGUGUGUACCGCACAGACAGCCGUAUCCCAAGGCUUGGUUGGUGCAUGGCUCCCGGUCAGUCGGAUCCCAUGCUCAGUGAGGAGUUUGGCCUCACCGAGGGGCGGGAAUUGAUGACAACUGUUGGGUCCGUUGUUGUGGAUGGCCGUGGAUUGUCUGCCUUUUCAUGGGGAUCCAGCGUAAUACUAGCAGGACCCGGCACCGGCUUUCACCUGGCUUUUGGCACUCGGGGGUUCAAUUCAGGGCGUCAUGCUUGGACCAUUUCAUGGCGGCCGAUGGAUUCCUUGCAGCCUGGCUUGGGCCGUACCCGGUGUUCACGCGGCGGUGCUGCAGGCAUUGCACGAGAUGUCGAGGGCUUCAGUGAAACAAGGUCUGUGGUUGAAAGAACCACUUCGUCGUCAGUGCCACUGGGCCGAGGGUCUGUGCCACUUCCAGCAUCCAUGGCUGCUGGCGUAGGCACAGGAACUGGCACAGAGGAGCCGUCGGCGAGAUUUUUGGACUGGCCGUCUUGCAUCGUCUUUGGCGUGAAGAGGGAUGUGGUGACAGAGGGUCGCUAUGUGGCCUGGGAGGAAGACCUGUCCUCCACGGAUGCCAUGAAGUUUUCCAUCGUGUUGGACUUCCCAGCCCGCACGAUUACGUACAUUGCAGACCGGGGUGGGCGAUGUUGGUCGGCUGCGAUGACGCAUGAAGGUCCGGUCUAUCCAGUGAUUGCGGCAUCCGGGCCGCACUUUUUCUCCAUCGAGUAUGGCUGCCAUGUCUGAGGGCCCCGUCGCCGAAACGUGUGUCCACAUGCGUAGCUUUGCGGGCGAGCUGGCCUAUAAGACCCAGACAAAGCCGCCCUUGUAUCUUUCCGUUUCACCGUGUCACCGCUUGGUUUUUGCAUUUAUGAGCACCACACGGCCAAAGUGUUGAGUGGUCGUGCCAGUGGCGCAGCGCCUAAUCUGGGCGUUGCACCCGAACGGAUCUGAAAGCUGCCUGGGGAGAGCAGCUUGGUCCUGCGAAAGCGCAUCCAGAUGGUGAGAGAGGUGGGAAUAGUUCGAUGGCUGUUAGAAAUCGCUGUGGAGAGCCACUCAGUCACUUAGUUGAAGGUGCG